AUGGCGUCCAGCGACAGCGCCGAGGGGGAGGCUGUCAGCGGGGCCCAGCUCAUCGCCGAGUCCCUCAAGGCCCAAAAUAUCGAAUACAUGUUUGGUGUUGUUGGUAUUCCAGUUACUGAAAUCGCAGUUGCAGCCCAGGCAGUUGGAAUAAAGUAUGUAGGAAUGAGAAAUGAACAAGCUGCCUGUUAUGCUGCAUCUGCUAUUGGAUAUUUGACUGGCAGGCCAGGUGUGUGUCUUGUGGUGUCUGGUCCAGGUUUUUUACAUGCCCUUGGUGGGAUGGCAAAUGCAACCAUCAACUGCUGGCCUUUGAUUGUUAUUGGAGGCUCUUCUGACAGAAAUCAGGAAACCAUGGGAGCUUUCCAAGAAUUCCCACAGGUUGAAGCUGGUAGGCUGUACAGCAAGCUGUCUGUCCGUCCAAGCAGCUUAGAAGUUAUUCCUGCUGUUAUUGAAAAGGCUGUGAGAAGCAGCAUCUGUGGCCGUCCAGGUUCCUGCUAUAUUGACAUACCUGGGGAUUUUGUGAAUCUUCAGGUGAAUAAGAGCUCUGUCAAGUAUGCAGAAUGCUGCCUGCCACCUCCCAUCAGCACAGCUGAAUGCUCUGCUGUAUCCAAAGCAGCAUCUAUCCUUACUCGUUCCAAGCAGCCUCUCCUCAUCAUUGGCAAAGGUGCUGCUUAUUCACAUGCUGAAAACAGCAUCAGAAAGUUGGUGGAGCUUUGUGGACUGCCUUUUUUGCCUACACCAAUGGCAAAAGGAGUAGUUCCUGAUAACCAUCCAAACUGUGUAGCUGCAGCAAGAUCAACGGCAUUACAGCAUGCUGAUGUAAUCGUCUUGUUUGGUGCAAGGUUGAAUUGGAUUUUGCAUUUUGGUCUUCCACCAAGGUUUCGACAAGAUGUAAAAGUUAUUCAGAUUGAUAUUUGUGCAGAAGAGCUGGGGAAUAAUGUGAGGCCAGCUGCAGUUCUAUUAGGUGACAUAAACGCUGUGACUAAGCAGCUCUUAGAGGAAUUCAGCAAAAGACCAUGGAAAUACCCUUCUGAUUCAGAGUGGUGGAAGAAGCUGAAAGAGAAAAUAAUAUACAAUGAGGAGAGAUCAAAGGCUUUAGCAUUACAGGAAUCCCUGCCCAUGAAUUAUUACACAGUCUUUCACCACAUCAGAGAACUGAUCCCCAAGGACUGCAUCUUAGUAAGUGAGGGAGCAAACACCAUGGACAUUGGACGAACUAUGCUCCCGAAUUACUACCCUCGUCAAAGGCUUGAUGCAGGUACAUUUGGAACCAUGGGAGUUGGACUGGGUUUUGCUAUAGCAGCUGCAAUGGUAGCUAAAGACCGAACACCUGAAAAGCGAGUCAUCUGCGUAGAAGGAGACAGUGCUUUUGGAUUUUCUGGGAUGGAGGUGGAGACUAUUUGCAGAUACAACUUGCCCAUCCUGAUCAUUGUAGUAAACAACAACGGGAUUUACACUGGCCUGGAUGCAGAUUCCUGGAAGGAGAUCGUGAAGCUUGGAGAUCCUGCUACAUGUGUACCUCCUGUUUCUCUCCUGCCAAAUUCACACUAUGAGGAAGUUAUGUCUGCCUUUGGAGGUAAAGGAUACUUUGUGAAAACGCCAGAAGAAUUGCAGAAUGCCCUGAAAGCAAGCCUGACUGACAAGCAAAGACCUGCACUUAUAAAUGUGAUGAUUGAUCCACUGUCUGAGAGAAAGAAACAGGAGUUUCCUUGGCUGACUCGUUCUAACCUGUAGUAGAUGAUGAAGAUGAUGGUGGUGCAGUGUGCACCAUCCAGUGCACAAAACUGAAUUGGUUUCCA